ACAGCAACAUGAAAUUGUUGCUGCUGCUUUUAGCAGUUUGCUUUAUUGCUGCGGUGCAAUGUUAUCCCGACAGUUGCAAAUAUUGCAAGGAGUGCGACAAGAACUGCAAAGGGGACGAAAAGGCCGUAUGCACCUUUGAUGAGAAAAAACAAUGUUGGAAUGAAUUUAUAAAUCAAUGCUACGUGUCUAGGGAGAAUUGUGUGCGCAAGAAACACAAACAGUCGAUUUUUCAAAAGACCCUAAAGGAUAAAUGUGAGGGUGUGAGUAAAAUGUGCAGUGAGACUCACUUUAUGGAUGGCACAUCACUCAGUAGCAACAACAGCACCGCUUCAACCACAGAGAAUCCUGCAGCAAGUUCAGGAAGCACCACCUCAGCUAAUGCGACAACACCCGGUAAAGCGUCGACGGUUAAGGAUGCAAAUAACGGAGCAACAGUGGCUAAUAAUAAGGAAACAGCGACUGCUCUAGCUGACGACGCAACUACAAAUCCCACGGAAAUUGAAAAUUUAGACGAAACUACGAUAGCAACAAAUACAACAACAACAACAAGAAAGCGUCGCAGAUCUAAACGGGCUAAAGCGAAAGCCACUGGAACUUAUGGGCCAAUAACUCGUAAACCAAAAAAAAAUGAUUGUAUUUGCAAGUGUGAUUGCUCACAAGUGUGCAGAGGAAAUUUAAGACGUCUUAUUCCACCUCCUCCUGUAAGACCCACUAAAAGACCCAAAAAAAAACAACAAAGGAAAAAGAAGAAAAAUUUAAAAAAAAAAUACGAAGAGACCAAAAGCUAA